AUGUACAUAUAUGAUAUUGAACAAUCCAUCUGGACUUCAAAUCCUACUCCCAAUCAACCUAUAGGCCGUCAAUUUCAUACAGCGACUUUAUUGCCUGAUAGACGGAUAAUUAUGAUUGGUGGAGCCUUUAGUUCAGACGUAGGGCAGACAGCGACAAAGGAAGGUUUUAUUCCUCCAAUAGCAGUUCUGAAUACUGCAGGCUAUGUGUGGACAGUUAUAUCUCCGACUGGAAGCGCACCACCUUUACUUUCAAGCGGCCACAAAGCUACACUAUAUUUUGAUAUUAUAAUUUCUGCAUUCGGUGAAUACUCUUUCAAUAACACUUGUAAUCUUAUGGAUACCACAGUAAGAAUCCUCAAUAUAUCAAAUAGACAGUAUAGAUGGGUUGAUUCAUUCACUCCUCCUCCGACACCUCUUCCAACUCAAAACCAAAGUACGAAUAUUCAGAAUCCGAUUUCAAACCCAAAUAUAAUUAUUGUUGUAUCUAUUAUUGGUAGUAUUAUAUGCAUCAGUAUUACUUGGUAUAAUGGUUUUGAUAACCUAGUUAAUAAGUGCUCCGCUCUAACACCUG